AAAAAGAAAAUAAAAAACUAGGGACCUGACAGGCAACGCUAAAAUUUAGUGCGGCGACGACGGUCGACCACAAAGAAACUCCCCGAGUUCCGACCGGCCACUUCUUCAAUCUUCCUUCUUCGAUUCAGUCUAAUUUGCUCCACGAUGGAACACUUCUUGGGUCUUCUCCGAAUUCGGGUGCUUCGCGGUUCUAAUCUGGCUGUUCGUGAUACUCGUAGCAGUGAUCCUUUUGUCGUCGUCACUAUGGGCGAUAAGAGUUUGAAGACCCGUGUGGUGAAAAAUAAUUGCAAUCCUGAAUGGAAUGAUGAACUGACUCUUUCUAUUGCAGAUCUUAGAACUCCAAUCGGUUUAUCAGUGUAUGACAAAGACACAGUAACAGACCAUGACAAAAUGGGAGAUGCCGUAAUUGACAUCGAACCAUACAUCGAAUGUCUGAAGAUGGGACUGGAAAACCUCCCAGAGGGGUGUGUGGUUAAGAGGGUAUAUCCAAGCAGAACAAACGACUUAGCUGAUGAGAGCCAAUGUGUUUGGAACAAAGGGAAAAUUAUACAGAACAUGCACCUUAGGUUGAAGAAUGUAGAGUGUGGUGAGGUGGAGAUUCAACUCGAAUGGAUCGAUGUUCCGGGAUCUAAGGGUCUGCCGAAAGAGGGUAUGAGCCACUUCUGAGUUCCUAAAUUGUUGCACUACUAGGUACACUAUGUAAUAAGUUUCCCAGUUCCAUGGCUUGUAGAUGUUAGCAGAAGGAAAUAAGGGUAUUUGCCUUGUUGACCUGAAACUGGACUUAGAAUUCUGGUUGUGUAGAAUGAAUUAUCUUUAUUCUGCUUCUGCAAAGUGACAACUUCAUCCUGUAAUCACAUAUAUAUUAACUACUCUAUGUCUUC